AUGCACGUGCUCGCCACCCUGACCGUGCUUGCCUCUCUGGCGGCUUCGGUCGUGGCAGCAGAGUGUAGCGCCACGCAGCCCUGUGCCAUUGGGUGCUGCUCCAAGUAUGGCAACUGCGGCUUGGGUCCUGACUACUGUGCGGCCGCGAACUGCGUGUCGAGCUGUGGCGCCAAGUCCGAGUGCGAUCCGGGCGGCUGGGGGCUGACUUACGCCAACGCAACGGCGUGCCCGCUCAACGUGUGCUGCAGUGCAUAUGGAUUCUGCGGCACCACGCCCGAGUUCUGUGGCACAUCAACGGUCGCAGCACCAACCUGCGAUGUGACCAGUACAGGUAUCGGACGGGUAGUUGGUUACUACGAGGCUUGGGCGACGACAGAGCGGCCAUGCAACGGCAUACACCCAGAACAGAUCCCACAGGGCAUUUACACGCACGUGAACUUUGCCUUUGCCAGCAUCGACCCGGCAACGUUUACCGUGGUUCCUGCGGCAAACACCGACAGCGACCUGUACCAACGUCUACAAGCAAUAAAGACGCGCGAUCUCGGCCUACAGACGUGGAUUUCCAUUGGCGGCUGGACGUUCAACGAUGAUGACCAGCCGACGCGGACCACGUUCUCUGAUCUAGCGGCCAGUGCUACCAACCAAGAGGCCUUUUUCGCGUCUCUCCUCCAGUUUAUGCAGACGUGGGGCUUUACGGGUGUCGACAUUGACUGGGAGUACCCAGAGGCGCCUGACCGCAACGGGCGCGGCGAAGACUUUACCAACUUCCCGGUCUUUCUGCAAAGGCUACGUGGCACACUCGACGCGUACGGCUUUGGCCUGUCGGUGACGCUGCCGUCAAGUUACUGGUAUCUGCAGCACUUUGACCUGCCGAGGCUGCAGCCGUGGGUGGACUGGUUCAACGUUUUGGAGUACGACCUGCACGGCACGUGGGACAUUGGCAACCAGUGGACGGGCGCGUUUCUUAACGCACACACGAACCUCACCGAGAUCCGCGGCUCGUUUGAUCUGCUGUGGCGUAACAACGUCGACCCGGCCAAGAUUAAUCUAGGCCUCGCUAUGUACGGCCGCAGUACGACGGUGGCCAGCGCGGCCUGCACAGCGCCCGGCUGUCCCUAUCUCUCGGGUGGAGAUCCCGGGCAGUGUAGCGAACAGACGGGCAUCUUGCUGAACAGCGAGAUUGAGAGUAUCAUUGCCGCCAACGGCCUGGCCCCGACGCUGUACGCGGACGCCGCCGUCAAGACCAUUUCCUGGGGUGCCAACCAGUGGGUGUCGUUUGACGACGCCGACACGUGGAAGAUUAAAGGCGACUAUGCCAAGUCCGUUUGCCUAGGUGGCGUCAUGGUGUGGGCCAUUAGCCACGACGACAUUCGAGGCACCUAUGCAAAGCAACUGGCCGGUGCACUGGGCCGUACAGUCUUCAUCGACCCGGCCACGAAUGUGACUGCUGUCGUCACAAACGGCUUUAGCCAGGUGGACACGUGUCAGUGGUCCAACUGCGGCGCGGGCUGUCCGACCGGGUUUGCCGAGGUGCCGUUAAGCACAGACCCGCUCGGCGGCAGCCUCACAGAUGGCACGGGUUGUUUCGGCGGCAGCGUGCACACGUUCUGCUGUCCCAAGACGGCGCCGCUGCCGGUCUGUGCGCUGCGCGGUUUCCAGGACAGUGGCGUUUGUAACCCUGGCUGCGCGGCGGGCGAGGCCGAAGUGGGCGCGCAGUCAAAGGGAUGUGCCGUGGGCUACCAGUCGGCGUGCUGCCCGGUGGAAAGCAGCAGCAUGGCGCCGUACGGCGCGUGUGCAUGGUUUGGUGCCCCACCGCUCUGUUCGAGCCCCGGGUCCGUGGCGGUGUGUCCCAGCAGCCACCCCAACCACGUGGUCUCGUCGACCAGCGGCCAGGGCGGCGCGGGUUCUUGCUGGGUCGGCGCCAUGAGCUACUGCUGCACCGCGAGCGCAGCGCCCAACCAGUUUACCGAGUGCGCCUGGAACACCAAGGCGUCCAACGCCAUUGGGGCAUCUGCCGUGUGCGAGGACAGCUGCCCCAGUGGUGAGCUUCUUCUGGCGCGGCAGCAGGGCCUGUGUGCGCUCGGCAACGAGGCCUACUGUUGCAAAGGCCCUUCGAUUGCGGUCGUCGGUGGCCUCGGCAGUAUCGGUAAUCUCGGGCUCCAACUGGGACUGACAACGGUGGGGGGCGCCAACGCCGACUUGGCCGUACUUGCAGGCACGGAUCUGGAAACCAAGACGGCAGACAUUCUUCGCGCGUGUCUACAGGGUUUCUUUCUCGACCCGACGUGUCCGGCACUGUGGGCAUCAAGCAUUGACGAGAAACUCUACGGCACUAUUUCGCGGCGCGGAAACAUCGGCGUCAACUUGUACUACCAAUACGACUGUAUCACAGAGAUCAUGUCGGCCGAGAUCUCGUCGCCCAGUCCCUCCGAAGUGGUCGCCGAUGCUUGGAACGAAUUUCAGUCACAGACGGGCGUCGGCUACAACCAGUUGCGCGUGGAUGUAAUGCCUUUCGACGACGGCCAGAUUAUGAAGGACCCAUUAGCGCUGAUCAGCGAAUACCUAUGCGAUCCGUUUGCAGCUGAGAAGGACUUGAUCCAGAGCUCUGAGACCGCUGAGGCCGCCUUUUGCGAGUAUCCGGGUCUCACCGGCUUCGAGGACCCCACGCCCGUCGAGGAGGGGGAGGUCAACCCGGACGUUAAUGUAGACGCCGAUACAGCCCUCGCAAACACGUCAUCGCUGGCGCAGCUGAUUUCCCGCAAGAUCCAGCUCAGUGGCGCCGAUAACCGUGACCGCACCGGCAAUCGCCCGACUGUAGUCGGUGUGCUCAACGCAAUCAACAACGGGGUACUAGGCAUCUAUUACCUACGCUGGAUUAACCUCCACAACAAUGAAGAAAUCAUCUUGGAGAUUGCAUACACGGCAGUCGAAGCACUGGCUCCGGCAGAAGAGGACCCGCCGGCUCCGUUCCUGCCGGAUAUGCUCCGAGAUAACACUCACACAGCCACCGGCAACCCUGACAAUUACAUUAUUUUCCACCUGCAUAUUCCUAUCGACGGCAGGACGUUGCGGCCUGUGCCUGGCGACGGCUUCCAAAACUGGUAUCCCGGCGUAUCUGUUGUCAACAUGUAUCACGGCCAAGUCUUUGGCAACUAUGCGAUAGGCUACGACACCAUCGUUCCAGAUGACCGCGUCCAAUUUCGACGUACCGGAGGCGCCGAAAUGCUCAACUCCCGUACUGUGAUCCUCACUUGUAAUAUCCAAGGUGGACCCCAGCUGAACCGCUGGUACUUGGGCCGUAAUAACAUCGACCGAAUACGUCAAUUACUCGCAGAGGACGAAAACUACGGACGUCGCACUGGAACCUAUGCCACCCUCCUCAACACGUGGGCAAUAAAUCUCUUUGCUCUGGGCGUCUUUAGCCCCAUGGCGGACAAUGGUGACGUUGGUAGUCUCAACUCGUUGUGGCCGACCGUGUCCCGGAGGCUGGACUCACCGCGCGGGCGCUACCAGCCGAGAUGGCUUGCGUUUGAUCGAAACUGGCAGCCCUAUUGGCCAUAA